AUGGCCUCCAUUUUUCCCUCAAAAGUUCCCGAGUUAACCUCUCUGAUCAUCGGUUGCUUUCUAUUCCUGCAAGUCUCCCUAAUCUUGGGCCAUGGAGAGGGUAUGUUUGCUGGUCGAGUCUCUCCAUAAUUCUACAGAUGGAAGAUGCUUUUGGGUACUCAAUUUGCAGGUGGGGUUUUUCUAGGGACAUCUCUCAUGCAUUUCUUGAGUGAUUCCAGCUCCACUUUGCCUUUUGCAUUCAUGUUGGCUUUGGCAAGUUACCUGCUCACCAUGCUUGGUGACUGCGUAGUGAUCGGCUUUGUCACAAGUGGAAUCAGCAGAGAAGUCAAGGUGGAAGUAAUGGAGGAUGGGGCAGCGGCCGAAAAUCAGGAGCAUAAAUGAAAGGAGGUGGGAAUGGAUCUUAACGCAGCUUUCCUAAAAACUUCAUCAUUCGGGGACACCCUGCUUCUCAUCCUUGCUCUAUGUUUUCACUCGGCUUUUGAGGGUAUUGCUGUUGGCGAUGCAGUUACAAAGGCUGGGGCAUGGAGGAACUUUUGGACAAUAUCCUUGCACGAGGUAUUUGCAGCCAUAGAGAUAGUAGUAGCACUUUUAAGUAUGAUACCAAAGAGGCCAUUUCUGGCCACGGCCUAUUCUUUGGCCUUUGCCAUGUCGAGCUCGGUUGGAGUAGGAAUAGGCAUUUCCAUCAAUGCCACAGCUCAGGGAUGCACAGCCAAUUGGAUCUAUGCAGUGUCCAUGGGCAUUGCGUGUGGAGUUUUCAUUUAUGUUGUAUUAAUCACGUAACAGGCUGACCCUUGUAACUUUGAUGCUCCAUUAUUCAAGUUUCUUGCUGUUCUUGCUGGGGUUGGGGUCAUGGCUGUUGUAAUUAUUUGGGAUUAAUGAAGUGGUUCUCCUGAACUGAGAUAUUAGGUUGCUGCUCCCUCAAUUUGGUAGGAUUGCUGAUGAGGGUUUGUUCUGUUUACUUCAUCCUGCUCCUCCCUGUUUCUUUGCUUCAAAUUAAUUCCUUAUGCUUUUUGUCGGACAAAAAUUGAAUGUGACAUUCUUGUAUCUAUCUAAUAUUAGCUUGCGGGUGUUUUUAA